AUGCCCGACGGCGACAACCACUUAACCCCGUUCUGCCUUGUUGAUGGAGAGAGUACCGCGUUCUCUGUCGAGAUUGACCCAACGAAGACACUGGAUCAUCCCAAGGGCCUCAUCAAGACCAAGCAGAGCCCUGACUUUGACGACAUUGUUGCGAAGUCCCUGACCCUCUGGCGCGUCUCCAUUCCCAUCCUGCCCAAGAAGGAACGCAAGGACACCUUGCCAGCUGAUGUCCCGUCGAAGGAGGAACUCGAAGAGGCAGACGACAUCUCUGAAGUCUUUACCGAGCCACCACGCAAGAAAACAAUCCACAUCAUCGUUCAACGACCCCCGCCAGUCCAUGCUCCUAUCCCCACUCGAGCCCCAACUCCGCAUUCGGAUAAUUCUCGUCCCAGUGGCCUCAGAGCUGAUAUCAAAAAGAUCACGGACCGAUUCUUUGCAACUGGAUCUCCUGCCUCUGACUUCCUGAAUGCAUACGUGCGAGGCGAAAAGAGUUUACCUGUCACUACAGUUGAAUUAGGGGGCUACCCAAAGUCCUACGGCGAGGCGUUGUUGACAGCCAGGAUUCAGGAUCAACUCUUCUUUUUCUGGAUUUACCAAACCCUCCGUUGA